UUUUCUGUAUGCAUGAACCUAACCUAACCUUCCCUAAUAAAAUCCUUAUUUUCAUACUGCCGUAAAGUAAUAUUCGGCUAAAGCCUUAGCGUAUUAUUCUAUGAUACUGCUACUGCAAGCUAUAUUCGUCCCCUAUAAUUUGUCGUGACCUACUUACAGAUUCUGUUUCGCUUAUGUUUAAGCACACAACUUAUUUUUGUGCGCUUAUUGUCUGUAUAUUCUCUCUAUUCUGUCAAUUUUUCUUCGCAACUGAUCUUCCCUGAGAAGUCAUCAGGUCAUCCGUAAUUUCUUUGCGAGUCUCGAUGGAUCCCUGUGAAGACGAAAACGAGAAGGAGCAUUUUCAAAAAAUCGUUUGGACUUUCGAGAAUUACCGGGACUAUUCUCUUGAAAGACUUCAGAGGACUGAAGAUUAUUUUGAGUCUUUACCCGUUGCGCAUAAGAAUUUACUUUCAAAGUACAAAGAUAACUUCCAAGUUCUCAGGAAUUGUAUUGAAGAUAAUUAUAGUGUCAUCAAAUCUAUCAUUAAAGAUGUUUCAUCCAUGUUUGAAAAUUUUGGACUUAGUGAGAAUGGAGUUGACACAAAGAACAAAGAUCUCAUCCCAUCAUCAUCAGAAAUUGAGAAAGUGCAAGUCACUCUGAAGCAGCUAACCAGAGAUUGGAGUGAGGAAGGGAAAAAAGAAAGAAAUGCCUCAUAUCAACCAAUAAUCCAAGAAAUCAAACGACAAUUUCCUUCCGGUAAAUGUGAUACUAGUUCUAUUAAGGUUUUGGUUCCUGGUGCUGGAUUAGGGCGUCUAGCUUUUGAAAUUGCCCGGCUAGGUUAUACCUGUCAUGGGAAUGAGUUCUCUGGAUACAUGCUCAUAACAUCAAAUUAUGUUCUCAACAAGUGCUAUCAAGAAAAUCAACACGUCAUUUAUCCAUGGCUUUAUCAAAGUGAGAAUAAUGUUCUGAGUUCUCAUCAAACUGCACGAGUUACAUUUCCAGAUGUAAAUCCUCGUGAUACCAUGCAAAAUAAUCAGUUUCUCAUGAUAGCCGGAGAUUUCCUUCAGGUUUACAAACAGGAGGCCGAGUGGGAUUGUGUAGCAACCUGCUUCUUCAUUGACUGUGCUCAUAACAUAGUUUCAUUCAUAGAGACCAUCUACCAUAUUCUCAAGCCUGGUGGAGUAUGGAUCAAUCUAGGACCUUUGUUGUAUCAUUUCAGUAAUGGUUUUUUACCUGACUCAAUAGAACCUAGUUAUGAAAUAGUAAAAGAAGUCAUCUUAGGUUUUGGUUUUGUUUUUGAGGUAAAUUUGACAAUUUUUUCCUAAAUACAUAUACAAUUUUAAAGAUCCUUUUUAGGAUCCACUUUCAAGAAAGACAACAAGUAUCUCUAUGUCUUCGGGAGAUGGUACCCUUUUUAAUUUUUCUCUAUUUUCAAAGACUGAUAAUAUGAUUUGUUCCUAAUUUUUUUCGAUAGCUACCAAAUAUUUAUUUUUUUUCUAAAAUAAUUGAAAUACUAAGCAGUGAUCAUAAUUUUAUCAAUAUCAA